UGCUUUUACAACGAAGUGUCAAAACGAAGAGUAAGGGUGAUAGCAACUGGCACCAGCCUUCUCAAAGGCAGCUACUCGACUCCAUAACUAAAAAUAUAAUCCAUUCACUAUAUAUUUCCUGCAUUUGGGGUCUUUCGAUUCCAACCCAUCUUUUGCUCAGUUUUGUUUGCUAGCUAUUCUAAGAGGGAAAGAGAAAGAGAGAGAUGGGUACUUUGCCACCAAGGUCUGUAGCAGUGCAUGAAGGAGAAGAUCAUGUCAAGGUUUCUCAAGAACAACAACAAAAGGAGCUUGAUGCCGGUGCUCUCUUUGUCCUUAAAUCCAAAGGAUCAUGGCUGCACUGUGGUUACCACUUGUCGACAUCAAUAGUUGCACCGCCGCUGCUCAGUCUCCCAUUCGCUUUCACCUUCCUCGGAUGGGCUGCCGGAAUUUUCUGUCUGGUGAUCGGAGCUCUGGUCACUUUCUAUUCCUACAAUCUGCUGUCUCUUGUCCUUGAACACCAUGCUCAAUUGGGUCGUCGACAUCUUCGUUUCAGAGACAUGGCCAAUGACAUCUUGGGGCCAAGAUGGGGUCGUUACUAUGUUGGACCAAUUCAAUUCAUGGUCUGCUUUGGUGCUGUUAUUGCCUGCACUCUUCUAGGUGGACAAUGUAUGAAGGCAAUUUACUUGUUAUCAGACCCAAAUGGGAGUAUGAAGCUUUACGAAUUUGUGAUUAUAUUUGGUGUCCUGAUGCUGAUAUUAGCUCAAAUCCCAUCUUUUCACUCAUUAAGGCAUAUUAACUUGAUAUCCUUGAUUCUAUGCCUAGCCUAUAGCGCCUGUGCUACUGCUGGUUCCAUAUAUAUAGGGAAUUCAUCCAAGGGGCCAAAAAAAGAUUAUAGCCUGAAAGGUGACACAGAAAGCCGGAUUUUCGGGAUCUUCAAUGCCAUUGCCAUUAUUGCCACAACUUAUGGCAAUGGUAUCAUUCCAGAAAUUCAGGCAACGAUCGCACCACCAGUGAAAGGGAAGAUGUUCAAAGGAUUAUGUGUUUGCUAUACAGUGCUUACAGUGACUUUCUUCAGUGUUGCAAUAUCUGGUUAUUGGGCGUUUGGCAGCGAAUCUGAAGGCCUUCUACUCAGCAAUUUCUUGGAUGAUGGGAGACCUUUGGUGCCGAAAUGGUUCAUCUUGAUGACUAACAUCUUCACCAUUUUCCAACUAUCAGCAGUUGGUGUGGUCUACUUGCAGCCAACAAACGAAGUGCUUGAAAGAACUCUUGCAGAUCCAAGUAGCAAAGAAUUCUCUGCCCGUAAUGUUAUCCCAAGGGUAGUUUCUAGAUCAUUGUCUGUUGUUAUAGCAACAACAAUUGCAGCAAUGCUUCCAUUUUUCGGAGACAUCAAUUCUGUCAUUGGAGCUUUUGGUUUCAUGCCUCUCGACUUCAUCUUACCUGUUGUUUUCUUCAACUUGACAUUUAAGCCAUCGAAGCGGAGUCCCAUUUUUUGGUUGAAUAUUACCAUUGCAGUGGUGUUCUCUGCACUGGGAGUCAUAGCAGCAGUUGCAGCAGUAAGACAAAUUGCUCUUGAUGCCAAAACUUAUCGGUUAUUUGCUAAUGUGUGAUGAUCAAAGCCAAGUUUAUCACUGGCUCGCCCUGUAUCUAGUAUAAUGCCAGCUUCAUUAAAGAAGGGAGAACCGGCUCUGCCAUCACAUAUUAUCAUCAAUGGUUAUUGUUCUUUAA